AUGGAAGAUGAAUUUUAGAUUUAUGAAAACCAAAACACUUCUGAGAAUUUAGAAAUAAGAUUUAUUGAGCAUGAUGGGUCAUUAGUACCAAAAUUAUUUAGAGCAUCAAAUGGACUGAUUAAAUAACUAAGAGAAAAUGGAGCGGAAAUUCUAAACGAUAAUAUUACAGGAGGCGAAUAUAUAAUUUACGUCUAACAAUAUACGGAAGAGGAGUAAAAUGCACUUGACAAUUGUGAGGGAUUUCAUAGAGGAUUCACAAUCAAAAGUUUUUUUGAAGCAAAUUCUUAACUAAUUUAAUAUAUUAAUAAAGAAAAUUUGGCAGAAUUUCAAUUUUUUUUUGAUCAAGAAACAUAUUAAUUUCUUAUACAAUGA